AUGUCAUCAUUACGCGACUACGGUCUCGCGGCCCCUCAUGGACCCAACAUGGACAGCCACCACGUCGCGACUGAGCAGCUCUACGCCAUGAGCCAGAACGAGCAGGGUGUUUUCCAAACCAUCCUCAAGCCUGACGACAGUUAUGACGAGCACGGCACAUACUGGGCCGACAUGCCUAUCAUGAAGAGAAUCGCCUUUGUCAACAAAGUCAACAACGCAGAAGCCAAGAAGGAGUGGAACGCGACAUGGGCCAUGAUCAAGAAGGACCCCCUCAGCCCUCUCGGCUACUACAUGCGUAACAUGGUCAUUCCGGGUAUGGGUCUGCUCCUCGAGGGUUACGUCCUCUUCUCCAUCGGAAACAUCAAGCCUCUUCUCCAGGCUGCUUUCCCUGCCUGCUGGAAGCACGAAACCGUUUGCAACGGCACUUGGAUCGCUGCUCUCGACUACCUCGAGAUUGUCGGUAUCAUCUGUGGUCAGAUCCUUGUCGGUAUCAUCGGUGACUGGCUGGGUCGUCGUUGGGGCUUGAUCCAGGAUGCGACCAUCAUGUUCGUUGGUCUUCUCAUGCUCACUGCCUCCUGGGGCGUCACCCAGAACGGCUGGGUCAUCUGCUACGUUUGGUCUCUGUUCUUCUACGGUAUCGGCGUUGGUGGUGAAUAUCCCAUGACUGCCACUUCCGGUAUGGAGAACGCUGUCGGCUCUGGGAAGGUCUCGACGAAGGAGGAUCGUCUCCACCGUGGUCGCAAGGUCACUUCAGCCUUCUUGAUGCAAGGUUGGGGUCAGUUCCUCAACCAAGUCAUUCUGAUCAUUCUCCUGCUCAUCUUCCACGGUUCUGGUAACCCGCCUUACUCCAAGGUCUCCUCUCAGUGGACUUACCGUGUUUCCUUCGCCAUCCCCGCCGUUGGAACUCUGUGGCUCGUCUACUUCCGUACCUACAAGAUGCGCUCUGCCUCCAAGGUUCUCGCUGCCGCCAAAAAGAAGUCCAACGUCACUGGCUACGAUACCCAGUCCUUGAAGCUCACUCUCACCCACUUCGGCCCUCGCCUCAUCGCUACUGCUGGUGCCUGGUUUGCCAACGACGUCUUCUUCUACGGUAACAAGCUUUUCCAAGCCGAGUUCAUCGCAGUCCUUCUCCCUGGCAACAAGUCUGUCAUGGUUGGCUGGCUGUACAACCUGGUCAACGUCGGUGUCUCGCUUUGCGGCUACUACCUCGCUUCUUUCCUGAUCGACAACAAGCUCUAUGGUCGCAAGUGGAUGCAGAUCGUUGGUUUCCUGCUUGACUUUAUCCUCUUCGUCGUUCCCGCAUUCAACUUCAAGUACUACACCAGCACAUCCGGAGUCCACGCUUUCCAGGCCAUGUACUUCCUGUCUUCUUUCUUCAACCAGUUUGGCCCCAACUCGGUCUCGUUCCUUGUUGCCGCCGAGGUCUUCCCUACUCCCAUCCGUGCUACCGCUCACGGUUUCAGUGCCGCUGUCGGAAAGCUCGGUGCUCUUCUUGCCGCUGUCCUCUACAACUACAUUGACACUCAGACCAAGUUCUACGUCGUUCCCUGGUUCGGUCUUGGUGGUGCCAUCGUCACCUGGCUUUUCCUUCCCGAUACCACCGGUCUCGAUCUCAAGGAGCAGGAGCGUCGCUGGGCAUUCAUCCGCGUCGGCAAGGGUGACGAAUACCGCGGUGUCGCCAUCCACCCCAAGCACUUGUCGGUGUGGGAGCGCUUCCGUGGCAUCGGCAAGAACUACGACGCCGAAAUUGACUACCAACAGCGCGUCGAGGAGAUGCGUCACGAGUGGGAGGAGACCAUGGCUUCCAAGGCUGCCGAGAAGGAAAGCAACAUGGACCCCGACGUCAUCGAUGACGAGGACUGGCACAGCGAUAUCUCAAGCUUCUUCACCCGCACGAAGAACGGUCCCCGUGGUGCUCAGUCUCCUCUCAUCUCCCCCAUGAUUCGCGGCAACGGUGGCAACAACAGCACUUUGCCUUCACCCAUGAUGCGUGGUAUGGAGAAGAGAUCACCCAUGCCCAGCCCCAUGAUCCGCGGUCAAGUCAAAGAAGAAGACGAGUCCGAUGAGGCCCUGAACGAGAAGAGGUAA